AUGGCUUCCGUGAAGAGCAUGAUCGCCGCGGGCCUCCUCGCUGCACCUUGCGCCGACGCCUUUGUGGCACCGGGUGCGUCCCACACCGCCACCAGCCUUCGAGGCUCAACAGCUGUGAAGGCUGAGUCUAGCUUCAGCACCUACUCGGCGCUUGCCGCAACUGCCACGACGGGUGCUGCUGUGAUGAGCUUUGUGGGCAUGAAGAAGCCGACUGCCCGCAAGACCGUGGCUUGCAAGUUCAGCCCCGAGGCACAGAUUGGCGUCACUGAGCCCUUGGGAUUCUUUGAUCCGGCCGGGUUCUGCAAGGACGAGGCUUCCUUCAAGGACUUGCGAGCCAAGGAGCUCAAGCACGGUCGAUUGGCGAUGAUGGGAGCCCUCGGAAUGCUGACGCAGAGCUUGGUGCAGCUGCCCGGCAUGGAGGGCGUGCCGAAGGACAUUUCGGCCUUCAGCACAGGUGCCGGCCAAACGGGUUUCCUUAUCACCAUCGCCAUCAUCGCAGUGUUGGAGGCGGCUGUCUUCGUCCAGGACGACAGCAAAGAGCCAGGCCGCACCCGGCUGAAUGAGCUUUCGGACGUGAGGCGUGCCGGGCCUCAAGCGCUUGUCGCUCAGCAGCCAGGUUUGACUUGGCUGGGCAGUUGCCAUCAUCUUCGCCGCUACAGGCCCUUCGGUGAGAUACUUUCGGCUUCACAGCGGUCUCGCGCUUUCCUACUUCAGAUUCGAGUACUAGGAAUGGCUUCCGUGAAGAGCAUGAUCGCCGCGGGCCUCCUCGCUGCACCUUGCGCCGACGCCUUUGUGGCACCGGGUGCGUCCCACACCGCCACCAGCCUUCGAGGCUCAACAGCUGUGAAGGCUGAGUCUAGCUUCAGCACCUACUCGGCGCUUGCCGCAACUGCCACGACGGGUGCUGCUGUGAUGAGCUUUGUGGGCAUGAAGAAGCCGACUGCCCGCAAGACCGUGGCUUGCAAGUUCAGCCCCGAGGCACAGAUUGGCGUCACUGAGCCCUUGGGAUUGGCGAUGAUGGGAGCCCUCGGAAUGCUGACGCAGAGCUUGGUGCAGCUGCCCGGCAUGGAGGGCGUGCCGAAGGACAUUUCGGCCUUCAGCACAGGUGCCGGCCAAACGGGUUUCCUUAUCACCAUCGCCAUCAUCGCAGUGUUGGAGGCGGCUGUCUUCGUCCAGGACGACAGCAAAGAGCCAGGCCGCACCCGGCUGAAUGAGCUUUCGGACGUGAGGCGUGCCGGGCCUCAAGCGCUUGUCGCUCAGCAGCCAGGUUUGACUUGGCUGGGCAGUUGCCAUCAUCUUCGCCGCUACAGGCCCUUCGGUGAGAUACUUUCGGCUUCACAGCGGUCUCGCGCUUUCCUACUUCAGAUUCGAGUACUAGGAAUGGCUUCCGUGAAGAGCAUGAUCGCCGCGGGCCUCCUCGCUGCACCUUGCGCCGACGCCUUUGUGGCACCGGGUGCGUCCCACACCGCCACCAGCCUUCGAGGCUCAACAGCUGUGAAGGCUGAGUCUAGCUUCAGCACCUACUCGGCGCUUGCCGCAACUGCCACGACGGGUGCUGCUGUGAUGAGCUUUGUGGGCAUGAAGAAGCCGACUGCCCGCAAGACCGUGGCUUGCAAGUUCAGCCCCGAGGCACAGAUUGGCGUCACUGAGCCCUUGGGAUUGGCGAUGAUGGGAGCCCUCGGAAUGCUGACGCAGAGCUUGGUGCAGCUGCCCGGCAUGGAGGGCGUGCCGAAGGACAUUUCGGCCUUCAGCACAGGUGCCGGCCAAACGGGUUUCCUUAUCACCAUCGCCAUCAUCGCAGUGUUGGAGGCGGCUGUCUUCGUCCAGGACGACAGCAAAGAGCCAGGCCGCACCCGGCUGAAUGAGCUUUCGGACGUGAGGCGUGCCGGGCCUCAAGCGCUUGUCGCUCAGCAGCCAGGUUUGACUUGGCUGGGCAGUUGCCAUCAUCUUCGCCGCUACAGGCCCUUCGGUGAGAUACUUUCGGCUUCACAGCGGUCUCGCGCUUUCCUACUUCAGAUUCGAGUACUAGGAAUGGCUUCCGUGAAGAGCAUGAUCGCCGCGGGCCUCCUCGCUGCACCUUGCGCCGACGCCUUUGUGGCACCGGGUGCGUCCCACACCGCCACCAGCCUUCGAGGCUCAACAGCUGUGAAGGCUGAGUCUAGCUUCAGCACCUACUCGGCGCUUGCCGCAACUGCCACGACGGGUGCUGCUGUGAUGAGCUUUGUGGGCAUGAAGAAGCCGACUGCCCGCAAGACCGUGGCUUGCAAGUUCAGCCCCGAGGCACAGAUUGGCAUCCGAGAGCAAACCUCCUCGUGGUGGAUGCGGGCCAUAGCUUUGCUGUGGUGCGGAUUGCUCCAGUUUGUGCAGGCCAUAGAGUUGCUGUGGCAUGAGAUGAUUCAGCUUACGACUCAGAUCUACCUUGCAACAGUGUUUUUCAGUGCUGUUGUUGUGUUGAUCCGACGCAAGACAGAGCAGACCAAAAGACAGAAGUAUCUUGACAUGAUUCGGAUGCGCAAGCAAGCAUCUGCAUGGGCAGCCAUGCGGGUGGGAAGGCGUGUGCAUUCACAUGCUUCCAUUGUGAAUCGUGGCGAGAAGGAAAGUGAUGAAGUUGCUCUGGUCAAGAAGCUCCGGGCCGCGAUUGACGGCGGGCGAAUCGAUGGCAACAGCAGCGUUGGCAACAUCACCAUUGUGUCCAAUCGCUGGAAGCGAGCAGCAUCGGAGACGUGGAAGGAAAUCAAGUGGUCUUUCAGAAAGGAAGACUGGGUAGAAGAGCGAGGGAGUGAUGUUCUUUUUAGCAGUGGCCCAGCAGACCUUGCAAAUCAGUUGGAUGUAGAUGAGGGGCGGACUUGGGUCGUGCAAGUUGAGAUGCAAGAUGAAGCAUUGGAGAUACUUAACAUGAUCGCCGCCACGGUGGGAGGGAGCAUAGCAGUCAUUCUUGCAGGAAGUCAUCCAUCAAAGAUUGAAGAGUUGGAUCCCGCUUUUCAGGAGUUUGGUAGCAGUGCGACGCGCAUCAAAGUGCCAGGUCACCUCGAUGGCAGACUUCAGGAGUGCAAUCGCCAAGUGCCGCUCGACCUUCGUGGGUACUCAGACUCGCAUGUCAAUGGCAUUACAACAACUCGGAGGUUCAUGCUGGUCUUGUGCAAGGGCUACUACGAGUUCAUGAUCAAAGUUUGGCUCAACAGUGACAACCAAGCCACCAAAGUCUUGUGGAUCCCAUGGAUAAACCCAGAAACAUGGGAUGAGUACUUGACUCGAGUACGGCAGGUGUUGAUGGCCAUGGGCUACCAGGAUGCCAGCAUCACAGGCAAGUCCCUUCAGAGACCAGGCGCAAGUUGGUACUUCAGUGCACGUCGGGGGGACGGGCUACAGAGUGUCCAAGCAGAAAUGGAGAUAGGUGCAGGCGAAAAGCUCGAACUGCAGGCGAUGAUGGAUGCUAAAUGGCGUGCAGCUCCUAUCUCCAGUGCUCGAGGCCUGCAACCGGAAAAGCGAGUGUCCUACCGCGAUGUCUUACCAGUUGCUGAAGUUGCGGAGGGGACAUAUAGCUACUAUGGUGCGCGCAAAUCACCAGACCUCCACAUGGAGGUGGAAACCGAAGAAACAAUCUCUGCUUCCAGGGAAGUCAUUCAGCAGGAUGGUGAGCCUUUGCAGCUUGAUGCCGGCAUUCAGCCUGAGACCAAAGGUGCCAAGCGAGCGGCAGAGACACAUCAACCGCAGCGAGCCGCUGCGAUGGCAAAGUGCACAUGGAUGCCAACUGGAAAAAUAUUGCGAAAUUCGGGUGAAGAACGUUCCCAUCGGCAAAUCCGGGCCUUCACCACGGCGGCCUUCAAGAAAUGGUUCUCGCACUACGAAGAGUUAUGGUUGGGCCAGGGCAAACCGGACGCUCGAGGACAGCAACAAGAGGACGGCACCUUCCAGGCAUAUGUGGAUCAGCAACAAAUGUUAGGCGUGUGGAGUGGUGCGCUGGAAGUGUUAGCAUUUGCCGAAGCUUUCAACAUAAGGGUUUGGGUGGCAACCUCCAAAGGAGAGGUGCGAAUCUUCAACGAGAAUGCGCGCAACGCGGGGGUCUACCUUUUCUAUUCUGAUUGUCAUUAUGAAUGCCUUCAAGAUGCUCGGGAGGAGGAAUUCAUCCGUCGCAAACGUGAGCAAGAUGAAGCUGGAGGUAAAGGGCACCUGACAGCUUUGAUGCGUGGCGGUGUAGGGCUCUCGGACUUUGCAUCGACGAAGAAAUCAAGGACAAAGAAUUCUGGAGCAGAUGUCCAUCCGAAUGAAGACCGCAAGAAGUUUCACCGUCUCAACGAGUGCACCGUCAUUCCGACAUUAAGCAAGAAAGCACUGGGGAAACGAAUGGUGUGGGAAUGUGCCUGGUGCCACCAAGGGCUUCCUCGUUUGCACAGGACCCAGGCGAAAGCAAGCAUUAAGAGUCAUUUGGCAUCGUGCAAGAAGGCGCCCGAAGGAGCUGAUCAGAAACUCAAUCGCAGCAUUCAUCUCUCCAAGGCUGGGUUGACGGAGCGCGUAACGGUCAACAGUCUCUAUGCUGCCAGAAUGUUGCAGUUCAAGUCCCGCGAAUCGAAGGUUUUGGAAAGCUUGCGAGGCGGUGGCCAUAAGAUCGUCGAGGUUUUGCAUACUAGUCAGCGCCGGAGAUACACGUGCUCAAACUGCACGCGCUAUUGGAAAUCCAUCAGUGCGAUUCAGGCAAUCCACUUCAAGUGCAAGGGCAAGGAUGACAGACGACAGUUGAUGCAAUCCAAGGGUCGUCGGAGGCUUUGGGGCAUGGCACAGUUGAAAAACAAGCGCAAGCUACAGUCUAUUUGGAAACUGUCGCACAGUGAGGUGAAGCAGCUCAACACGACAAAGAUCCGACCACGCGCAAGUGGCUCCCAAGACUGUAGCACGGCUGGUGCCUUUCAGAUCAUUGAUCAUCUCCAACAUGGAAGUCCAGAUGUACUGUGUCUUCAGGAGACACACUUCAACGAGGAGACGGCGAGACAUUUUUCUGGCCUCUUACAAAAACGUGGUUACAGGGUCUGGCAUGCGCUCUCUGAACCGACGGUGGAUUCCAGAGGCCGCAGUCACACUUGGGGAGGCGUUGCAUUGGCCAUGAAGAAAGCGUGCAAAGCAGCACAAUGGCACAAAAUCAGCUCGGCAGAAGGAGAGCUCAUGUGUGUGGACAUGGGCAGCUGCCUCGUUGCCUCCGCCUAUGCGCGCAAAGGUCAACAGGAGCCUUUCCUUGACCUUCUGGCACAUGCUUUCCAAGGCGCGGCCCCAGCAGUUCCGAUAUUCAUUGCUGGGGAUUUCAAUACGCAGGCGGGCGAAGCACACGUUUCAGGAUUUCAUACACAAUGCGUUGGAGGAGUUCGGUGUGCAGUUCCUUCCAGAUGGGAUGGCAAAAGAUGCAUUGAUUAUGUUCUGUCGAAUAGCCCGGAAAGCAGCACGCAUCUCCGCUAUGAAGAAACGGCAGUUUCAGAUCACAAGAUGCUCGUAGGAAACUUUGAGAUUCCUGUGGAGCGUGCUGCGUUGUGGCAGUUCGCUCCCACUUUGCGGUAUGCGAGGCCGGUGGAGUGUACUGUUGAGCAGUGGCAGUCCGCCGUGGCCGAGGCGUGGCCCAAUCAAGUGGUGCAUGACGUUGGAAGCACCGAAGCUGAAUGGAAGUGGUCCAACUCCAAGCUUGAAGCAGCUUGUGCUAGCGCUAUGCGGUCUACGUCAUGUGCUGGUCCGAAGUUCAUUCCGGACUGGCGCCCGAAAGGCACGAAGCCUCGACUCAUCCAUCAGCGCUUUGAUUUCUCGCAUGCUCAUCGUGGCACCUUCAGGUCACGACGUUUGGCCAACAUCUUGGGUCGAACACGUGAAAUCGUUCGCCAAAUCAGAAUUGGAAACCUCCCGCAGGCGUUGGUGAGCAAAACUUUGAAGUCGUGGCCAAACGAUGUUCCUUUGCCUAGCUCCUGGGAUGAACGCGAGCAAGUACUUGAACAAGCCCUCUCCAAAGAGCUUGGGGCCAAGAGUUUGCAGAGGAUACAAAGCUGGCGGAGGCAGAUGACAUCUGGAGGGAGUGGAGCUACCAAGUGGCUCAAGGGCCAAACAACGUCACCGCCGAAUGCUUUGUCUUAUAAGGCAGGACAAACGACUCGAACCACCGCAACCGUGGAGGAGUCUUUGAAAGUCGUUAAGAAGUUCUGGCGAGAAGUCUGGGACAGGCCUCACGAUGACGUUCAUCGUGCCGUCACUCGAUGGUCGCUUACAGGGGUUUCAGCAGACUUUCCGAACUUCGAGUUCACGGGGAAAGCACUGGCCGGCGCGGCAUCCAAGUUGGCCAACACCGCCGCGGGCCCUGACGGAUGGUCAGGCGAUGAACUUGCGGCCAUGCCGCGGGAAGUUUGGAACACCUAUGCGCAACUGGUGGAGCGGUGGCGCGCUCGCAAUCAGUGGCCGACUGCUUUUCAGCAUGCGAGACAGAUACACAUUCCUAAGACGGAGAUCCCGAUUGAGAGCGCGUCAUGCGAUGUGAGCAAAAUGAGGCCCAUCACGAUUCUCAACGGCUUGUAUCGAAUACUCGGCUCCGCUCUCGCGGCCGAUCCCGAGGUCAAAGCAUGGAGUGAAGCAAUCUUUGAUAGAUCGCAGCAUGGCGCAGUCAAUAGCAGAGAUGUCAUGACGGCAUUGGCCUCCAUCAUGGAUUCUUUCAUGUGCGACAAGCACAUUUUGAUGAGUUUGGAUUAUAAGCAGUGUUUUGACAGAACCAGACCGUCGAUUGCAUUGCAAAUCAUGGAGAAAGCUGGCAUGGCAAACUGGAUGGGUAGCAUGUUGCGCCACGUCUGGAUGGACCAGCACAGGUGGAUCCAGCUCGACGGCUCGACUCUGACCGAGGUGCAGACUCUGGAAAGCAGCCUUCCGCAAGGGGAUCCACUCAGUCCCCUUGCUCUCAACAUCCUGAUGUCGGCACCAUUGCGUGCGCUUCGUGCCAGGCAACCUCGCUUGGCAGUCUGUUCAUUUUUGGAUGAUCGCAAUUUGACGGCUCCAAAUGCUCGUGAAGCAAGGAAGGCGAAAGACCAUUGGGAUGAAGUGUCCAGAGAUUUUGGUCUUCUGGAAAAUGAUGCUAAGCUCACGCUGGUUUGUCGUCGCGAGCAGGACAAGACAGAGCUUCAAAAGCAAGGCUUCAGCAGUCUCAACUUUGCCGAUACGGCAAGAGUGCUUGGUGUGGAUUUGUGCGCGAAAGCAACGCAGGCCCACAGACCUACCACCGAAAAGCGCCUGCGUGAGGCUGAAAGUGCUGCGUCGAAGCUCUCGCGAGCUAGCAUCCCUGUCAAAGCCAAGCGAAGUCUAUGGCGCACUCGUAUCGUGCCUCUCGCCUCCUGGGGUCACUUGCUCAAGCGGCCAACCGUGAAGGAGUUGCGCCCGUUGCAGGCCAAGAAGAAGAAGUCGCUGCAAGAACAUCGUAUGGGAGCUGUGCCUUUACAGCAGUUGGCUGGCUACAGCACGCAGUUUCAUGAAGUUGUGUACAGUGAAGCAGGUUGUGCCAUGACGAGGCGCUUGUGGGAAGCUGCAGAUGGUGAUCAGCGUGCAGUUCUGGUUGGAGCUGCGCACUCACCUGCUUGCUAUGCAGCAAUGGGCGGAUUGGCGAUGAUGGGAGCCCUCGGAAUGCUGACGCAGAGCUUGGUGCAGCUGCCCGGCAUGGAGGGCGUGCCGAAGGACAUUUCGGCCUUCAGCACAGGUGCCGGCCAAACGGGUUUCCUUAUCACCAUCGCCAUCAUCGCAGUGUUGGAGGCGGCUGUCUUCGUCCAGGACGACAGCAAAGAGCCAGGCAACUUUGGCAAUCCCCUGCCUUUGGUUGGGGAUGACUACUCGGCUGAGAUGAUCGCCAUGUUCGCGGCCCUCGGGCAGAUCGCCGCCGGCCUCUACACGGGCAAAUCCGCCAUUGAGCAAUUCGGUCUUUGA